AUGAGCACCAAGACCCUUCGUGCAGCAGCAUGUCAUGUCUCUCCAGUCUUUCUCUCCGCCUCCAAAACAACCCAGAAAGCCAUCACAAUCAUCCAACAAGCGCACGCCAACAAGGCCAACUUGGUAGUCUUCCCAGAAACCUACAUCUCUGCCUUUCCCAUCUGGAGCGCCAUACGCGCACCCACCGAAAACCAUGACCUCUUCAAGCGCAUGGUUGCAGAAUCUGUUCAUGUUGAUGGCCCAGAGAUUGAGUCUCUUCGCGCCACGGCUCAGAAACUGGAUAUCAUGAUUAGCGUGGGGAUCUCGGAAAAGGCAAGGUAUAGUAGUGCAACAGUCUGGAAUUCGAAUGUUUUGAUCGGGAGCAAUGGCGAAAUACUAAACCAUCAUCGAAAACUGCAACCUACGUUCUUUGAAAAGCUGACUUGGAGUUCUGGGGAUGGACAUGGGCUGAGGGUCAGCGAGACGCCGUACGGAAAGAUUGGAAACCUGAUUUGUGGUGAAAAUACGAAUCCUUUGGCGCGGUAUGCGUUGAUGGCAGAGGGAGAGCAAGUCCACAUCUCGACAUGGCCUGCUGUGUGGCCCACAAGGGCGUUACAGCCAGAUGUCGUUGCGAAGAAGNGGAAGAACUACGACAACUUGGCUGCCAACAGGACAAGAGCAGCUGCGCAUUGCUUCGAAGCAAAGUGUUUCGGCAUCAUCAAUGCCGCGUUCUUGGAUGAGCAAGCAAUCGACAUUGUUGCAGAGGGUGCUAGUAAUGGAGCUGGCGUCAGGCAAACACUACAACUUUCUCAGCGGGCAGCGACUAUGUUCCUCGAUCCCACCGGCAUGCUGAAACCUGGCUUUACGGUUGAUGCGACAACAGGGGAACAGCAAGAGACAGAGUACUUGCAGGAUAAAGAAGGUAUCCUCUACACAGACAUGGACAUGGAGGAAUGCAUAGAGGGAAAACAGUAUCACGACGUUGUUGGUGGAUACCAAAGGUUGGAUGUGUUUGACUUGAAGGUUGAUCGAACUCGAAGAGAGCCGGCCAAAUUUGUGGAAGAAUCUCGGGAUGAGAAGGUCGAGUUUUGA